CUGGGGAGGCCUGGGGGUGGCCUGUGCGUGCAGGUGAGUUCUGGAGCUGCUGGCCUUCUCGCGCCAGUUGGUUGCCUCAUGCUGCAGCCUGCGGCUCUCAUCCUCCGGUCGGAUCCGUAGCACUAAGGCGCCCGGGCAGCGAUCGACAUGUCGUCGGGUCUCCGCGCUGCCGAUUUCCCCCGCUGGAAGCGCCACAUUGCAGAGGAGCUGAGGCGCCGGGACCGCCUGCAGAGGCAGGCGUUCGAGGAGAUCAUCCUGCAGUAUAACAAGUUGCUGGAAAAGUCAGAUCUUCAUUCAGUGUUGGCCCAGAAACUACAAGCUGAAAAGCACGACACACCAAACAGGCACGAGAUAAGUCCUGGACACGAUGGUACAUGGAAUGAUAGUCAGCUACAAGAAAUGGCCCAGUUGAGGAUUAAGCACCAGGAAGAACUGACUGAAUUACACAAGAAACGUGGGGAGUUAGCUCAGUUGGUGAUUGACCUGAACAACCAAAUGCAGCAGAAGGACAGAGAGAUGCAGAUGAAUGAAGCAAAAAUUGCAGAGUGUUUGCAGACCAUCUCUGACCUGGAGACAGAGUGCCUAGACCUGCGCAGCAAGCUUCAGGACCUUGAGAUAGCCAACCAGACCCUGAAGGAUGAAUAUGACGCCCUGCAGAUCACUUUUACUGCCUUGGAGGAAAAACUGAGGAAAACUACCGAGGAGAACCAGGAGCUGGUCACCAGGUGGAUGGCUGAGAAGGCCCAGGAAGCCAAUCGCCUCAAUGCAGAGAACGAGAAGGACUCCAGGAGACGUCAAGCCCGGCUGCAGAAAGAGCUUGCAGAAGCAGCAAAGGAACCACUGCCAGUUGAACAGGAUGAUGAUAUUGAAGUCAUUGUGGAUGAAGCCUCAGAUCACACAGAGGACACCUCCCCCGUGAGGGCCAUCAGCAGAGCAGCUACUAAGCGACUCUCGCAGCCUGCUGGAGGCCUUCUGGAUUCUAUCACUAAUAUCUUUGGUCUGUCCGAGUCUCCCCUUUUGGGACAUCAUUCUUCUUCUGAUGCUGCCAGGAGACGCUCUGUCUCUUCCUUUCCAGUCCCCCAGGACAAUAUGGAUACCCAUCCUGUUUCUGGUAAAGAUGUGAGGGUGCCAACUACUGCCUUGUGUGUCUUUGAUGCACACGAUGGGGAAGUCAAUGCUGUGCAGUUUAGUCCAGGUUCUCGGUUACUAGCCACAGGAGGCAUGGACCGACGGGUUAAGCUGUGGGAAGCAUUUGGAGAUAAAUGUGAGUUCAAGGGUUCCCUAUCUGGCAGUAAUGCUGGAAUUACAAGCAUUGAAUUUGAUAGCGCUGGAGCUUACCUCUUAGCAGCUUCUAAUGAUUUUGCAAGCCGGAUCUGGACUGUGGAUGAUCAUCGGUUACGGCACACACUCACAGGACACAGUGGGAAAGUGCUGUCUGCUAAAUUCCUGCUGGACAAUGCACGGAUCGUCUCGGGAAGUCACGACCGGACCCUCAAACUCUGGGAUCUACGCAGCAAAGUCUGCAUAAAGACAGUGUUUGCAGGAUCCAGUUGCAAUGAUAUUGUCUGCACAGAGCAAUGUGUAAUGAGUGGACAUUUUGACAAGAAAAUUCGUUUCUGGGACAUCCGAUCAGAGAGUGUGGUCCGAGAGAUGGAGCUGUUGGGGAAGAUCACUGCCCUGGACUUAAACCCAGAAAGGACGGAGCUCCUGAGCUGCUCCCGGGAUGACCUGCUGAAAGUCAUUGAUCUCCGCACAAAUACUGUCAAACAGACCUUCAGUGCCCCUGGAUUCAAGUGUGGCUCUGACUGGACCCGAGUUGUCUUCAGGUUGGUAGCCACACCUACCCCCAGCUUGGCUAAUCUCAGCCCCGACGGCAGCUACGUGGCAGCAGGCUCAGCUGAGGGCUCUCUCUAUGUCUGGAGUGUGCUCACAGGGAAGGUGGAGAAGGUUCUUUCCAAACAGCACAGCUCCUCCAUCAAUGCGGUGGCGUGGGCCCCCUCCGGCUUGCAUGUCAUCAGUGUGGACAAAGGAAGCAAAGCUGUGCUAUGGGCUCAACCUUGACAGCUCUAUGAGCUGCAUGGAGGUUCCCUCAGCUCUGACCUGGUGGGUGGUGUGGCCUCCCAGAGAAGAGCUUGAGCCAUGUGGCAUGGGGCCCUCCUUUAAACAGCAUUUCUGAGAACUUUGAGGUCUCUAAUGGCCUAGAAGAAUCAACACUGAAACCACCUGAACCUGCAGUCACCUGGCAGAGGUUCGAGUUCUUGCCUCCAUCCGGGUGGAAACACUACUAGCUCUGAGCUUCCAUACCUCAUCGGGAAACACAGGGCCCCUGCUGGUCUCUCCACUGGCUGCAGUGCCAGCCACCCACACAUCAGGUGUUGGCUCCCCCGUGCUUCUCUCCUUCCAAAGCCAGUUCUGGCCCGAUGCACAGUCCCUUGCCUUGGGGUCGUUUGCCCACUGGACUUGCUGUAAGCAUAGGAUUAGUAGAAAUGCCAAAUACAGGGAGUUUGGUUGUGAUCUCGUCUUACUACUGCUGAAACUUCUGAGUCUCUUCUGCCACCCUUCAAAGCUUGUGGCUAUCUUCUUUCCAACACUUCCAUGUAUCUGUUUCUUGGUCGACAAAAAAAUCUUUAAAGAUUUUUAAAUUGUUAAAACUUAAAAGUUGUUAUUGAGAUAGGAGAGGAUGUGCCAACAUUUCCCAGUUAGGUGGACUUGCAGUAGAGGAAGGAACAUGUCCUGUGUCACUGCACUCUUGUGCUGGUCACGGGAUUUGAGGCCUCAAAUGUAUUGCUCUGGAGGUGGCAGUGGUGAGUGCAGCUACUGCUGCCUGCCAGGCCUGCAUGCAGUGACCCCAGCAUUCACACAAGAGGCCCAGUCCAGGAGACGGAUUGUGAUGAGGGCUGGGGAAAAGCAUUUUUCUCUACCAUUUUAUCCGUGUAGAAGACUCUAGUCCUAUGUCUGGGUGAAGCACCGUGUUUGUAUCACAUUUUAAUUUGCACUUUAUUUUCUUCCACACCUGUUCUCUGGACAGUUAGGGCAUGAGUGUUAGAACGAGGGACGAGGAAUGAGGCAGCCUUUCCUCGGCUGAGGUAUGCUCUCAUUCUUCUUUUCCCUGCCUACACCUCACUUUUCGGUUUGCCAUCCAGAGAACUGUGUGGAGGGAAGUUGGAACUCACAGGCCAGGGCACAUCUUUUAUUUAUUUAAUUAUGUGGCCCAACAGAACUUGAUUGUAAAUAAAAAAAAAAAUUGUUACGUACUUUUCAAACUCCUUGUG